UUUAAGUUUUUGUUUUGACAACGACGCUCUUGCAUUAUUUUAAGUGAGAAGGAAAACAUACUACAAGAACAAUUUAAAGAAUGUUACAAUCGCCUGAAUAUAGUAACACAUUGUCACUGAAGUUAUCUGAGGUAUUAGAGGAUGUUGGUGUCAAUGAGAAAAUGAUAAUGAAAAGAAGAAGGGCUGUUAUGCUGUUGGAGAAUAUUGAAACUGUGGCAAAGAGGUCAGCAGAUGUGAACUUCACAGUAUAUUGUUUUGGGAGUCAAUCUGAAGGCACAACUACUUUAGGACUUAAUUCAGAUGCUGACAUACUGAUGGCGGAUCAUGAUUAUAAUGUAAUACAGGACUGGUCAGAGUGGAAACAGAAUAAGACCAAUCUUCUUAUGAUACAGGAUGAGAAUGUAACACCUGGAUAUUGUUUUCUGCAGGUACUUCGAUCUGAUGAACCUCUCUUUGAGACAAACAUUAUUUAUGCAGAUUCUAUCAGAGAUAAUAAAGGGCGGAUAUUAUUGAAAAAUACAUUUUUGACUGGUAUAGAGCCAGGUACUGAGAGACACGGUCCAGCUAACGCUAGGCCCGAGACAGAUGGCUACAAAGCCGUUGAUAUAGUACAUGCGUUUCCCUGUUAUUCAUGGCAACAGUCAGCUUCACAUUUACAAGAAAGACAUAGCAUAGGGGGAUGGCCAACAUCUGAAAUGAUCAGAAAUGUUCUAUGUAAUUGUUGUUUUGUUGUUUGUGCUAGCAGUAAGAUUAGUACUUACCCGGAACUAGAAUGGAGAGUAUCCACAUCAUUAGGAGAAAGAUGCUUCAUGUUUAAUCUAAAUAUAACACAAUUACAUUGUUAUGUUUUGAUGAAAAUUAUUUUGAAAACUUUUCUAACACCUCAAAGAGAAAGCGCUUUAUCUAGUUUUAUAUGUAAAACUGCAGUAUUUCACGGUAUACAAAACACUGACCGAAGUAUAUGGAGAAGAAACAAUCUGUUCACCUGUUUAACAUAUUGCUUGCUUGAACUGCUACGCUAUGUUCAAAAUGAAAAUUGCCCGCAUUUUAUGAUUCCCGAAAACAACCUUAUGGCCGGACAAUUGACGCCUGUAGACAAACGUUACCUUUUACGGAAGAUAAGUGACAUAAUACAGAGUGAUGGUAGAUGUUUGUUUCAAAUAAGUAUUGAUAGUAUUGGUGAUCGACUAUGGGUCAAAUUUAAUACAGAUUAUGUAUUUGUAACUCCCCGUGUUACAAAUGAAUACAUUUUGAGUUCUUUAUUUAUUAGCAUGGCAGGUCAUAUUAGCUCUAACACAACAUGGCUUUUACAUUUCAUUUCAAAUGGUCAUAUUGUCGAUAUCAAACAAUGUUUCUUAAAGCUAGUACAAUAUAAUGUUCAUGGACACAGGCUAGAACAGCUUGCAAGCCGUUAUCUGUUGCCGUUUCUUUAUUCUACCAUUGGAUCUAUGAUGGUGUCUUCAGAUAUUCAACAGAAUACUGUAGUUCAAUUUCAAGCACUAAAGUGGCUCUCACUAGGUCUAAACUCGGAUGUCACAUCCGGCAGACUUAAACUAGCGUCAGUUUUGUAUUGUAUAGGUGAUAUGGAUAGAGCGGAGUUCAUUCUAAGACAAACUGAAAAUCGAUACAACUGUGAUAUUGUUGAAUCUGUAUGUCAUUGCUGGGAUCAUCCAUCGUCUGAUUGGUCUUCAGAAUUUGACAAAAAAUGUAACGAACUAAACGAAGAUUCCAUCCAUCAGAUCACAUCAUUUUGUGUAAGAUUUGUGCAAAAGGAGGUCAACUGUGUACCUCGAGAAUUACAAUAUGAAAUGAAAAGAUCUACACAAGAUGACAUGCAACACAGAAGUAUUGACGAAGAAUUGUGGAUGAAUUUUGCAGUCGUUGAUUCCCUCCCUUUUCUCUACUUUUUACAGUACAAGACAUAUGGACAGCUACAACGACACCAGGAUAAAGAACGAGCACUUUGUAACCUUGUAAAUACUACUGUGUCUGGUAAAAACCUUGGUCACAGGGAAACAGCUUUAAACCUUAUAGGUCAAUGUAUGGAACAUGAAAACAAAUCCAAGGAGGCAUUACAGUGUUAUAUGCUUUCUCUUCAAGUACGAAGGAGGAACAACGCCGCAAAGUUUCACAUUUGUAAUUUAUUAAGAAAAUAUGCUUCUCGCAUGUAGAGGUUUCAUUUUCUCUCAUACGUGCAGUAUGAAACGUUUUUGAUUGUAACAGUAAAGAUAUGUUGAAUUCUGCAUUAUCUAAGAGAUGAUCGGUCUUUAAGUCUUACUUGAUGAUCAUACAUUUUUAACUUUUUUCUCUGCCGUUUUAUUGAAAAUGUUUUGGCUGUCUUAAGAGUUUCACAAAUAAGCUAUACAUCUGUCACUAUACACGCAACUUUGUUAAAGUGUUUUAUAUAAACAAAUAUUAAUUUCCCGCUUAAUACUAAAACAAUUCUUGUCCAUUUCUGUAGGCUGUAAGUUUUUGUCUUCUUUGUUGAUAAUUUUGUUCAAGUAUGUUUAUGUUAAAUUGUUACAAAGGAACAAUGUCAUAUAAUACAAAAGGUCGAAAUGUUUACCUAUCAUGUAAGUAUGUACAAAUAACAUUUUUAUGUUAUUAUAUGUAAUUGUAUAAUGUUUUAUAUUUCGACUUUGUUUAUCAUUUCAUGCAAACAAACAUGACCUGAUAAGUAAAAUGGAUAAAUAAUGUAUGUAAGCAAUUUAAUAUUGGUCCACUAUUUCCAACCAGGCCCCCUUACCAAUUUACCACCAAUAUUAAUUAAAGUAGAGCGAGUGCACCGUAAUACGAACAUAAGCUAAUUCCGAAAAAAUAUUAUCUUCAUCAUUUUAGCGCAUUUAAUGAAUGUACCGCGUUAAAAUGACGUCAUUUUAGAAGGGAAGUAUGUGUUUAGGAUGACGUCAUUUCGUCGUUGUUAUUAAAUUUGUAUAUUCAUUCGCUAUUGUAAGAAAACACUUAUGAGUGAAAUUACUUUAAUUUCCAUGAACACAUAUCUUAUUGAGGCAAACCAUUUUAAAUAUGAAAGAAGUAUGGCAGAAUAUGCAAGAAAAAAUAUCUGACAUAUGUUUGCGGUUCGGAUCGGAAUAUCCGUCC